CUGGAAAGGCAGCCAGUGGAAAAGCUCAGCCUAAUCAGGGGGACUGUGCUCCUUGAGGGCGGACUGAACCCCCAGCUUUGCCAAGUGACAAGAGAAACUUGUCUGUGGCUCUCGGGACAGCCGCCUGAGACAUUGUCUCCGAGGAAGGGGUAGGCAGGAGGUGUGGAAGGAGGCCUGCAUCCAGAGGGCCUGGGGCCUCGGUGUGAAUCCCAGCCUUGCUGGUCAUUCGUUCACCCGGGCCUCCUUUUCCCUGAGAGUUGGGCUAAGUGAUCUCUAAACUCACUCCCAGCUUUCUAUCUUAUGAUCGCCCUCCCACUCUCUCCCUCCUCAGCCAAAGCUUUAAUCCUGUCUAUGGACCCUGGAGUCAGGGGGGCAGCAGCAAAUUUUUAACUAGAACUAUUGAUUAUUAACAGGAGGAAAAAGCUCAGGUUUGACUCCAGGGCAAGGGCACAGAGCAGCCAAGUCAGACUUCCUAGGGAUAUGCUGGCACCCCAAGUCUGGUCCUCUGUGAGGCUGGGGGCAAAGGGGCUAGGCAGAUGCCUGGUGAGGGGUCUGACAGGGUGGGCCUCCAGAGAGGGGAGGAAGGUGGACAUUGGGGGCAUUUACCCUCCAGUGACCACCCCAUUCACGGCUACAGCAGAGGUGGACUAUGGGAAGCUGGAGGAGAAUCUAUACAAACUUGGCACCAUCCCCUUUAGAGGCUUCGUGGUGCAGGGCUCCAAUGGCGAGUUCCCCUACCUGACGAGCACCGAGCGGCUGGAGGUGGUAAGCCGAGUUCGACAAGUCAUGCCCAAGGACAAGCUCUUAAUAGCCGGCUCGGGCUGCGAGUCCACUCAAGCCACUGUGGAGAUGACUGUUAGCAUGGCGCAGGUCGGAGCAGAUGCUGCCCUAGUGGUAACACCAUGCUACUAUCGAGGCAGGAUGACCAGUUCCGCCCUGAUCUACCACUACACCAAGGUGGCUGAUCUGUCCCCAAUCCCAGUGGUGCUCUAUAAUGUCCCAGCUAACACGGGACUGGAUCUGCCUGUGGAUGCUGUGGUCACGUUGUCUCAGCACCCGAACAUCGUGGGCAUUAAGGAGAGUGGAGGAGAUGUCACGCGAAUGGGCUUGAUCAUUCACAAAACCAAGAAGCAGGAUUUUCAGGUGUUGGCAGGAUCUGCUGGUUUCCUGUUGGCCAGUUAUGCCAUAGGAGCUGUUGGGGGUAUUUGUGCUUUGGCCAAUGUCCUCGGAGCACAGGUGUGCCAGCUGGAGCGACUCUGCCUCACCGGGCAAUGGGAAGAUGCCCAAGCCUUACAGCAUCGCCUCAUUGAACCCAAUACUGCGGUAACCCGAGGCUUUGGGAUCCCGGGGCUGAAGAAAACCAUGGACUGGUUUGGCUACUAUGGAGGUCCUUGUCGCGCCCCACUGAGUAAGCUGAGCCCUGACGAAGAGGAGAAGCUGCGCUUGGACUUCACUACCAAUGGCUGGCUGUGAAGAGCCAGGCUGUCCCCUGCCACAUCUCUACUCUUAUACCCAUAGCCUUAAGCACACAGUAGAAGGUAGGUGGGUGGGGGGAGCUAUGGGGCCAUUACCUUUUGCUCACUCCCAUUCUUUCCCAUACCCCAGCCCCUAAGGAUGUGACUCAACCUUCCUCCACCUCAGCUUUCCCAUCUGUGAAAUGGGAAUAAAAUCACCCACCUCACAGGGUUGUUGUGAGGAUCAAAUAAUGUAUCUAAAGCAGCUUCACAAACCUUAAAACCGUAUAAAUGUGAGCUAUUAUUAUGUCUCCAGGCCCUUCCUCCUUCACCAGACACUACUGACCAAGCCAGUGGUAGCAUCAGGACCACUUAAUUCCCCCAGACUAUAAACCUCAUAUCUGUUUCACAAAACCGCAUUCUUCAGAGUCCCCGGUUAAGAAAUGAUGCUUUUUUGCUGCUUUGGUCUCUGCUCCAGCUUUUUUCCUGACCUUGAGAUCCAGAUGAGAGGGGGCAGGGGUGACAGGAAUAUCAUAGUCUGGAACAAGGAUGUCUGUGAGGAUGAAAUAGAGGCUGCCUAGGCUUGAGAGGAUAAACCUGAGCUUGUCUCUGCUGUUUGGUCCGUAGGGGAGGCUUCUAACUACUGAUGGAAGCAUGUGAGAAGAAAACCUAGAGUUGAAAAACUGAGACACAGACAGAGGCAAAGCCACUGACAUUAACUGCACUCUAUCCCCAUCACUGAGCCAGCCACCUUGGCCUGGACCAGUAUUUGUCAAGCUUUAGGCACAGUGCCUGGCACAUAGCAGGUACUUAAUAAAAGGCUUCUUCCCCCCCGCCCCACCCCCACCGGCAUCUCAGUACUGUAUAACUCAAUGGCACCCAUCUACUCUAUGCAUUUCCUGCAUUUGGCAGGUGGGAUGAGGGCAUGAUCUCAGGUUUGUGGUCCAGGGUGCCAUCGGCUUCGUCAACUGUGUGCACACAGCGCCACCUGGUGGACAAAUGUUACUGAAGCUGUCUUUAGACAUCGUUAGGAAUCGCAAAUUGAGACUUGGCCAAUCUUCUGUCCAGUUCUGCCCUUGAUUGGUAAAGUCAUUGCUUUGGAACUGAAAUAACCCCCAUACCCCCAACCACGUGAUACUAUUUAUAAAGACCAAUAAACUACACAGAAGCAAACAGGCUCCUGAUCUGCCCCUACCCUCCACCCUACAUUUUCUUCCUGGAUAUCAAGAGGCCUUUGCCUAGCGGAGCCCAUCAUGGCAGUUCUUGAGGUCCACUCUGUUUUAGCACUUAAAACAGGCUCUAAUGAUGGCAUGGAGGAGAAAGCCAUAAAUACUUUCAAGGCCAGGUGAGCAGAUCAAUGGAAAGCCCAAAAUAAGUUGGAGGGAACUAGGCCAAGAGGCUUACCGAGGGACAUCUUGGAUCUCAAUUUAUUACUGGCCCUUGGAAACAGCCAAUGGGGCCAUACUGAUCUAGUCACAGCUACAAAGAAUAAGUAAGGAUCAAAAGCAAGGGAACUAAAUAUCAGCAGUUUGAGAGAUAUGCUGAUUCCUUAGAAACACUUUUAUUUCAACAGUAAAAUCCGGAGAUGAUAGAGGCACACAGCUAGUAUUUCCACCAAAAUCUGCUGCAAAUAAAACAUUCGAUGUGAGA